CGGCAGGAACCCCGGCAGGACCCCCAGCAGGACCCCCGCUCAGCAUGGCGGCCACCGACUUCCUGCAGGAGAUGAGCGCGGUGGGGGAGAGGCUGCUGCUCAAGCUGCAGCGGCUGCCGCAGGCCGAGCCCGUGGAGAUCGUGGCUUUCUCCGUCAUCCUCCUCUUCACAGCUACCGUGGUGCUGCUGCUGCUGGUGGCCUGUAGCUGCUGCUGCACCCGCUGCUGCUACCCUGAGCCGAGAAGCAGGAAGGCCCAGGUGCGGCCCAUGACCCCACCGUGAGGGACUGAGGGCUGGCCGAGGAGACGC